GCAUCACGCAGCACUUGACCUUGACCCCGAUUUAGCCAGCUGUCGCAUGGAAUGAUACUGACACAUUUCCUUCUCCAUCCUCGUUGAAUUGACAUCAUGGGCGUUCGUUCAUCUCGACAGCUUCAACAAGAAGAGAUCGAGGAAAUUCAAUGCGAAACUGGAUUUUCCCAUAAUCAGAUCGUGAGACUAUACGGCAGAUUUACCAACCUUGAUAAGACCAACAAUGGGGCACUUAGCCGGGAGGAUUUCUUGAGAAUACCAGAAUUGGCCAUUAACCCUUUGGGAGACAGAAUUGUGCAUUCCUUCUUCCAAGACAGGACUGAGGUCAAUUUCCGGCAGUUCAUGAAUGUGCUGGCCAGGUUCCGCCCAUUGAAGACAAACUCAGAACGAAACAAACUGAACACAAGGGAAGAAAAGUUGAUGUUUGCUUUUAAGAUGUAUGAUCUGGACGGAGACGACAGAAUCUCCAAGGAUGAGCUGCUGUCUGUUCUGCACAUGAUGGUGGGCGCCAACAUUUCAGAAGAACAGUUAAGCAGCAUUGCCGACCGAACAAUCGUGGAGGUGGAUGAGGACAAAGACACGAUGAUAUCUUUCCAGGAGUUUGUGAAGGCAAUGGAGCGCGUUGACGUAGAACAGAAGAUGAGCAUCCGGUUCCUUCAUUAACUACCAGAACUGAAGCAGAGACUUCAGAGAACAGGAUGACCAACAGCUACCAUGACAACAGCCAUCCAUACAGGACUUAACACUUAAUACUUAUAGACCAUAUCCACAGAUUCAGUUGUUUCCAUGACAACAGUCAUGAACUGAUAUUGAGACACUAACACAACUAACUUGUGAGGCGUUUGUAAUGACAAAGCAUAAGCGGAAUGAUGCAGUCAGAUGAUUUAGUUACGUAUUGUUGAGGAAUAACGGGUAACAGUUGAAGGAUAUCAAGUACAUAUAGUUUUACAGUUCACUCUCGUUAGAACUUAAAUGAAAGAAUUGAGAGUUGUAUUAUAUUUAUAGAGAAAUAUUCAGUUACUAAGGAAUUGAUUUUUAACAAAUUUAGUCAGUUACCGCGUCUCUUACUAUUUUGGCAUUUGUAGACAGACACAUAGGUCGUUCACUGAGAUCAAACAGUUGAAUACUAUAUUUUAUUACAUUCCAUCUGAUUUGCUUUUUAAUCAUUUCAUAACCGUUGUUAUCAUUGUAAUAUGAUCUUCAGGGUAAAAGGCAUAUUUUUUUAUCCUUAGGCAUCCGUAUCAUGCUAGCUUGGUAUUUCUUUUUUAAAACAAUCGUAAUUCUGCGCCCUGGUUAACCUACUUUAUCAAUUUAAGAAACAUCAACUUUCCCACCCAUACUUAAAAAAUAUUGCCUUGAAUGCAAUUUGUUUUUUGUAUUAGUUUGAUGUUUCGGUUUCAUACACCAUAAAAGUAUUUUUAUCUUU